GGAGUCUGGAGGAGACGCGUCAGCCUCUCUAUGCCCAUAUCACACUUUCUUCAGUUUCACCGCGUCCAGUGGCGCGUCUUCUUCUUGUCUUUGUCCGGGGUUGUCCAGCUCAGCCUGGAGGUCACCUGACAGUCUCAUGUUGUUUUGUGAGUUUAGUUCAUUGCUAUUCUUAGCAGCGCUCUGUGCGGAGGACGAGCGAGCUGCUGGCUGGGAAUGAUGGGAAAGCACAAGGGUGGAAACGCUCUGAUGCCCAGCUGGUCAUCACCGGAGCUGGAGCCCAGCCAGAUCCGUCUCAUCGUCUACCAGGACUGUGAGCGGCGCGGCAGGAACGUCCUCUUCGACUCGGACACCAGAAAGAGAAGCACAGAAGAUGCCCCGGUCACGAAGGUGUGUGGAGAGGCACAGGCUAAGAUAUUUGGGAAGUGUUGUCAGCUGAGGCCUGCAGGUGGCAGCUCCAGUUCUCUGGACAGUAGCUCGUCCUGCGCCUCCGAGCCCAAGGAACAACACCGCUUCCAGGGCUCCUCACGGUGCUCAUCAGACGCUAACAUGCUCGGAGAAAUGAUGUUCGGCUCGGUGGCCAUGAGCUACAAAGGCUCAACGCUGAAGAUCCACCAGAUAAGAUCUCCUCCGCAGCUGAUGCUCAGUAAAGUGUUUACAGCGAGAACGGGCGGCAGCGUCUACGGCAGCCUGAACACACUGCAGGACAGUUUAGAGUUCUUCAGUCAGGACUCCAGCGCGCUGCGGCCCGAGCAGAACACCGCCGCCAGCGGCUUCCUGGGCAGCAUAGGUUUCUCUCAGCUCUGCGGCCCGCGCCGGGCGCUCUCAGAGCAAGGCCCUCUCCGUCUCAUCAAGAGCGCCUCUUUCUUUUCAGGACACAGUAACCCCAUGGACAUGCCGGGCCGAGGACUGCAUGAUGAGAGAGACAGCGGCAUCGCUCGCUCCGCAUCUUUAAGCAGCCUGUUGAUCACCCCGUUUCCAUCGCCGGGCUCGUCUCUCACCAGCAGCUGUGCUAGUAGCUACCAGCGGCGCUGGUUACGCAGCCAGACCACCAGCUUGGAGAACGGCGUCUUCCCUCGAUGGUCUGUGGAGGAGAGCUUUAACAUGUCUGAUGAGAACAGCGGGCCGAGUCUGGGUGUUGCCAGGAAGAAGAAGAUCGCUAUCGGUGUCAUCUUCCUGCUCUCGCCCAACGAGGAAGAAAACGCCAAGUUCCAGGACUUUUUCUUCUCUCACUUUCCGCUCUUUGAGAGUCACAUGAACAAACUCAAAAGUGCCAUUGAGCAGGCUAUGAUACUGAGCCGCAAGUCAGCUGAUGCCAGCCAGAGAGCUUUGGCUUACAGUCGCAUGGUGGACGGUCUCAAUGAGUUUAGGACGACCAUCUGCAACUUGUACACCAUGCCACGUGUGUCUGAGCCUGUCUGGCUCACCAUGAUGUCCGGUCCACCUGAAAAGAACCAGCUUUGUGGCCAGUUCAUGAGGGAGCUGGCCCUGCUCAUGGAGCAAGCCUCCAAGAACCAAUUCCUCCCUGCACUUCUCACUGCGGUUCUCACAAACCAUCUCGCCUGGGUUCCCACGGUCAUGCCCAAUGGUCAACCACCCUUAAAGAUCUUCCUGGAGAAGCACUCCUCACCAAGUUUGGACAUGCUGGCAAAAACACAUCCCUACAACCCACUCUGGGCACAGCUUGGUGACCUGUAUGGGGCGAUCGGCUCACCUGUGCGUCUGUCCCGUACGGUGGUGGUUGGCCGAAGACAGGAGCUGGUGCAGCGUCUUCUGUAUGUGCUGACCUACUUCAUCCGCUGCUCAGAGCUACUGGAAAUGCACCUGCUGGAGAGCGCCGUGGACGAGGCCAUCGUGAUGCCCAACUCGCUCAUCACCACGUCGCUGCGCCCCGGAGAGGUGGAGGAGUCCGACUACGUGCUGGUCACCGUGCACAAGCCGAGCCAAGACUACCUGUCUCCGGGAGCCGAGGCUGAGGACGGCUACCCCUCUGACGACCUCAGCUUACAGAGCAGCACCUACAUGAACACAGAGGCCCAGGACGAGCGCCCGCAUCCUGCCAAACCGGAGGCGGACCUUGUGAGAGAAGCACGGAGUCCCCGCCUCGAGACUCGACUGGAAACCGUGGUCAAAGUCGGCUCCAAUUCGCCGUGCGAGAGAAGAGCCUCGCUUGAGGUUCAAGGAGACGUGCGGCCCGAGAUUGAAUCAGGUGGCGUGCCCAUCAGGAUCUUUCAUCCAUCAGAUAUCCUGCUAGAGAAGAAGCCCCCUGACAAGAGCUUUGAUAAUAACGCCGGGAACGAACCCUCCGCUAAAGUCACAUUCCUCAUCGGAGACUCGAUGUCUCCUGAAUCUGACAUGGAGAGUCGCCAGCAGAGUCUGGAGGAGGAGAUCAAGAAACACAAGAAGCUUCUCAAAGACAACCAGCAGAAGCAGUGUAACAUUGAGGCUAAACUCCAAGUGGACCAAAUCAAGACCAACGACAGCAAAACGGGCUCAUCUGUAUCGUCCUUCACUAGAAAGACGUCUCAGUGGUGUCCAAGAGCGAAAGGGGACUGCGUGGACAUGUUUGACGAGUAUUUCAAUGAAGACAAUCCCGUGGAGACGAGGACUAUUGAUGAUGUCAACCAAACAAAUUCACAAACGGGGAUGAAAGGCAUAGGAAAAGAUGCCCUAAACUUGCAAGGCUGUCAAGUUAGGGUGCACAGACAGCCCUGCGAGCGGCUGGAUGAAGACGGCUCUAAGUGCGACGCAGGAGACAGUUCUGCCGAGCAGGACAAGGGGAUCGAGAUGUCGCUGAGUGUCCCUUCACAAGGCAUCGUUGGGGAGAAAAAGAAAGCAGUCCCGCUGAACGACUGGGAGAUCCCACGCAACGAGAGCUCGGACAGCGCUCUGGGGGACAGCGAGAGCGAGGACGCCGGACACGAGCUGCCCAGGCAAGAGCAUGAUGGACCGUUUUACGCUGAUGAUCGGGCCGACUGGCAGGAUGAACUGGAGGUGCCUUUACCUGGGGAGAAGCUGGUGGAGAACUACUCUAAACCGAGCAUUGCCAACUUUGGGAGAUCACUGUUCGGAGGAUACUGUCCUACGUACGUCCCAGAUUUUGUUCUGCACGGAGCCCCCAAUGAUGAGAAACUGAGGCAGAACCUGGUGUCGGAUCUGGCCCAUGCUGUGCAGCAUCCUGUGCUGGAUGAACCCAUCGCAGAGGCCGUCUGCAUUAUCGCAGACACCGAUAAGUGGAGCGUGCAGGUGGCCAGCAGCCAGAGGCGACCCUCAGAGAAGCUGGGCAAAGAGGUGCUCGUGUCCAACCUCGUGUCCAACCUGCUCCAGUCCACCUACCAGCUCUACAGACUCAACCUGUCGCCAAACUUCUGUAUCAUGCAUCUGGAGGACCGGCUGCAGGAACUCUACUUCAAGAGCAAAAUGCUGGCAGAGUACUUGAAAGGACAGACAAGGGUGCAUGUGAAGGAGCUGGGCAUGGUGCUAGGGAUCGAGUCUAACGAUCUGCCCCUGCUAGCGGCCAUAGCGAGCACACACUCGCCGUACGUGGCCCAGAUUCUCCUGUAGGCCACACGGAGAGCGAGAGAGACUCCAUUCCCCCACCAGCAGAUGGGUUGGGUCCUCCAGGUUCGGUACGCCUGGACGGGGCCCCUCGAAGCCCCCUGAGACUCCUGGAGCAGGGAGGCCCUUGAGUUGCUGUUCGUUGGGAACAGUCUCAGGGUGAACAGACUGCAGGACAGACGCUCUGCCACUAGACGGUGGCCGAGCUGCAGCGGUCGAAACCCAGAGGUUCCCGAGAAGUGACCUGGGAAUAUCACUUUUCAACAAUGGACACAAUGGAGUAUAUAUAUAUAUAUAUAUAU